AUGGUGUUUCCACCUAUACUAGGCCGCGUAACUAGCGGCAUCUUACCCGGUUUAGAAGCCAUCGCGUGUCAUGAGCAAAAGCCAGAUCCAAAUGCAAUCCCCGGAGGCGGCUCGACAUCUCAUGAACGUGAAAGCAACUUUGAUAUCUACUUCAAAAGUAAUCUGGAACCCGGGUCCUUCCACAAAAUACCUGACUAUAUUGUUCAACAUGUACAAAGACACGGCUUCCUAAACAGUGACGAGAUUGAGCAUCUUAUCAGCUCGAUGGUCUAUCUGGAAGAAGCCACUGACGACAUCUGGCAAGAUUAUUGCCAGGCUCGAAUCAUGCUUCGAUACAUCCACACGAUGUUACGUUCAGAAGAUCCCGAAGUCAUUGCUCACCGUGAAAUCUUGAAGCGUCAAGCAAAGGAGUCACGCAAACGGUACAAACGUUUCAAGCGCAUGGUUCGACAAUAUCAAGAUGACAUCGGGCUUCUGUGGGCACUGAUAGCUCAGGAGAUUAAACGCACCUGUGAUGUCGAAGAUGCUGCUGCUGCGAAUAGAAUGGAACCUGAUGUCGCCGCGCCGCCCUACACUCAUGCACCUUAA